UUUCUUUAGUUUUAUUUAUCAAACUUAUCCAUGACACACUCCGUAAGUAUCGGAUAUAUGUAAAGUGAAAAUUUUUAGCUUGAUGGUAAUUUUUUUCUUAAAAUAAACUUAACAUAGUAUUGUGAAAUAUUUGAGGUGGAAUCUAUCUUCAUGUAAUUUUUUUAAUAAUGAUUAUGUUUUUUUAUAGUUACUGAUAACAAUGAAGAAAUACGCAAUCAUUGUAGACGAGAAUAAUGAAAAAAGAGUGGUUCCAAGUAAAUGGAUGAUGAAUAAUAAUUCAACUCUAUUGUGGCCACCUUACAAAAAUACGGAGAAAAUUCGAAGAGCUAUUUUACAACUGGAAGAUCCCUCAGAGGAUUGGGAAGACUAUCAAGUUGAUUUUAUAAAAAGCAAAGAUGAUUAUGUUGAAGCUGUGGCUGAAAUCAAAGCUAAUUUAGAUGAACUAAGUGGAGGUAGCGAUGCUGAAAAAAUGAAAAAAUCCAGGGCAAGAAGAAAGAAAAUUUCUUAUCAAGGUCUUGGAGAUUACAGUGGAGCUGUUGCAGACGCUGAAAUGAAGGCUGAUUCAGAUGUACCAAGUAGUGAGAGUGAUGUUGAGAGAAUCAAAAUUCCCAAGUCAAGGGGAAAAACAAGUUUUUUCGAGAACAGAAAUAAAAGUAUUUCGAUAGAUUCAAGAGACAGUGAAACUGAUGAACACGAUGAAACAUUAAAAAAUACAGAUGAAAACACCUCUAAAUCAUUGCCUUCAUCUCUUUCAUUGUGUAUGUCACCUCAAGUUCAAAAUGGGCCCACAGUUGCAGAUACUCAGAUAGAUGAGCAACUAAAUUCAGAAAGGGAUAUACUCUUCUCCAUGCAUGGUAUGUUGAAAAAAAUAAUGACCAGUAUUCAUGCAUUGAGCAUGAAGCAGGACAGACUAGAAGGAAGACUGAGGCAGUUAGAAAGUCGCGGCCUCAUAAAUAAUACAGUAGCUAGUGUUACUUCAAGUUUUAUGGUGAACGACGCUAUAGUCAAACGUUUUCCGAUAGUUAUGUUUCUUUGUUAUGGUAUUAAUUCUUUCCGUUGCAAUAGUUCAUAUAUAGGUCAAACCAAACAGCUUCUCUCUAAUAGAAUUAAACAGCAUAUAUACAGUUGCAACACACAUUCGUCGAAAGAUGACGACAAUAAGACGGCUUUAGUCGAACAUCACAUCAAUACCGGUCAUAUAUUCAAUUUCAAAGAUGUCACUAUCGAAGAUUCUGAAACUAAUUACAGAAAACGUACUAUCAGUGAAAUGAUACAUAUAAAAGCCAAUGAUACUACUAAUAAAAGAACUGAUACCCAAAAUUUGAGUAGAAUUUACAACAUCCUUAUAAACAAAUAUAAGAACAAAAGGUAA